GUAAAUGUUGAUGUUCGCGAUUUCGUGUCAUUCUUUUUUAGCUAAAAUCCACAAUUUUGGUUGAUUUCUCUAUCCACAAAUGUGGGCAAAGAAACAAUGAGUUGGUUUGAAACAGGUGGAUUGAGUGGCUUCGCCAAAUCGGCUUUGUCGUCUGCCCAGAAGUCCAUAGACAGAGUCCUUGAUAUUCAGGCAGAAGAUUCGGCAGACUCUUCGCAAAAACAGACGGGGUCGGGCCCGGGCAGAAAGAUUCAGACGACGGCAAACUCGAGCAAGACAGCUCGCAGUUCUGUUUCCAAAAAGGAGGAUUUGUCUCAGGAUGCAAGUCUUUCGUCUUCAUACUCGGCAAGAAGAAAUCAGCUAAAAAGUGAGGAUAACUUCUUCAGUGCCUUCUUGGACGAGCCAUCUUCAUCCAAAACGGCCACUCCUGUGGCCAAGUCGGUCCGAUCACCUGCCAGAACAACAUCCUCUGUCAUAACAAAGAAAUCACAGCAACAGAAAUCAAAGGAUGACUCUAAAGAUCAAAAUGAGAAGGCAAAGGAAGAUUUGAGCAGUGAAAACAUCUCAAGGAAAACAAAUGAGGCAGUUUCUGUUGAUCUUGUGGUUUGUGCGACCCAAGGAACAACACAAAAUGAGGAAAACAAUGAAAAGGAAGUUUGUGAGGAUCUUGAUGAUAAAGUGAGUCAGAAUGAAUCAACGGCUGCUAUUUUAUUGACACAGUCGUUGAAUCCACUGGAGAUAUCAAUCGACGACUCAGGAUCCAUGAUCGGCUCAUCAUCUUCCUUUGUCCCAAUAUCCAAGGAAGAUGUGGAGGAAUGUCAAUAUUCAGGUAUUUCGCCACAAUCCAGUGAUGACUUAAUGAGCGUCUCACAGACACAGCUCAAGCAAGACUCAGAGUUGCUUGACACUGUCAAGCCCAAACCAGACACCCCUGAAACUACACCGGAAAAAGACUUUAAGAAUCGGGAAGGAUCCCCGUCUGAUUCCAAAUCAGAACAUUCUGAGGAGACAAACGCAACGUCAAGCAGCAGUGAUUUUGUUGUGAUCAAUGAGUUCACAGGGAGUGAGCUGUCGUCAUUAAGUAACUAUGAUACCAGAGAAUCGCCAGAAAGCCAAUCACCAAAACAUUUCUCGUCAUCCUCAAACGGUAAGAGAAGUCCUGAUAGUGAUUUCAGUAUCAUCUCUGAAGGGAGGUUUCAUGAUACGAUAGACACUCAGCGAAUCCCUUCACUGCUAGAUGCAAUAGACUUCAACCGUCGUGAGUCAACAGCUUACUCGGCAGAUGUUGAUUCAGAUAACCAGGAUGAGAAGGAGGUCAGUUGCAUCAAUACAUCCUUUAAGUCUUUGAGUAGCAGCAGUGACACAAGAGAGGAAAGUAACAGAACUCCAACCCCAACGCAAGAAGAACAAGACGUUAACAGUGCAGAGAAAACACCAAGACCUUUUGAAAUGAAGGAACAAACACCAGCUGACACUGCCAAUGUAAACCCAGCUGUAGAGGACCAUCAGACAGAACAGGAUUCCCAGAGCCCUAUUCAACCAGAUGUUCUCUUGAAGAAACUUGCUGGAAUGGCUGAGAUACUUCAGGCAAGAGAGAGUCAAGUCAUGACUCUCAGUAACCAGAAUGUGGACUUACAAGAAUCUCUCAAUAUCCUUAAGAGUCAAUUGCAACAAUCUGAGGCAGCGAGGGAAACAGAAAUGACUGACUUGAAUGACUUGACUGAAGAAUUUACACAACGCAUUUCAUCUAUGGAGAGAAAACUACAAGCUUCACAAAAAGAGAGAGAUGUGUUGAAGAAAGAAGUGCAGAAGUUGACCAAGGAUAUAGCCAGCAGAGAUGGCAAUAAUCAGACAGAACAGAUCUUGAAGGAGAAAGAAGAGACCAUUAUUGACUUGAUGGCUGAAGGAGAGAAGCUGUCUAAACAGCAACUGCAGAACUCUAACAUCAUCAAGAAACUACGAGCUAAAGAGAAAGAAAAUGAGACGCUUAUUAACUCACAGAAAGAACAGCUGGAUGAAACCACUGGGAGACUUGAGCAUUUGGAAAAUGUCUUAGAUGGCAAAGAAGAACUGGAAAAGCAGCAAAAAGACAUCAUUAAGAAGUUGAAUGCAGCAGUAGACAGACUGGAUAAAGAGUUAAGCAAUCAGCGUAUGGAACUAGAUGACUCUAAAGAGAAAGUACGCAGUACACAGGCAGCCUUGGAUGCUUCCUACAAGGACUUAGCUGAGUUACAUAAAGGCAUUGCAACUAAGAACAGCAAGGUGCAAGAGACUCAGUUGAGUGCUGAGAUGAAUGCUAAGGAAGAGAUGAGGUUAGCUCUGGAGCGGAAUCAGCAGGAGGCUAGAAGGGAGCAUGAGGCACUGCUACUACAGAUCAGUGAUCUUCAGAUGUCCAUCAGUAGACAAGACCAGCAUCAAGCUCGUAAAGAGAGUCAUCUACGACAAGAGAUAUCUGAUUUACAGAUGAGACUACAGGAAGCUGAGCAACGUAAUCAGGAACUCAGUCAGAGUGUCAGUGCUGCAACUCGCCCAUUACUGCGACAGAUUGAGAACUUAAACACCACCUUCAAUGCCCAGUCCGGUAACUGGGAACAAGUUGAGCGUAGCUUGACUGAGCGUCUAGCGGACAGCCAAGCACAACUAGCUUCAGCUACAGAGAAAGAGCGUAAUGCUACAGAGAGUGCCCUGAUUGCUGGGUCUAAGUUAUCAUCUAUGGAAUCACAGCUAGCGUUAUUACGACAGGAUAAAUCUCGUUUACAGGCUGAGCUUGAGAUGGCUAAAGCUAAGGCAGACUCAUUAGAAGAAUCAAAAGAAAGUGAAAUGGCUCGCACUGAGACCCAGUUAAGUACGUACACCAAGGCCCUUGAGGAGGCCCAAAGAGACAAGACACACCUGGAGAAACAGCUUGAAGUAGAGAAGAUGAGAGUUGAUACUGAACGAAGAAAGUUGCUUCUGGCUCAAGAUGCCAUCAGUGAAAAGGAGAGGAGAUUAACACAACAAGUGGAAGACAGUAGCAGUCAUGGAAACCGCUCUGGAGCAAGUACACCUGUACAUAGCUUGCCAACCACUCCUGGUCCAUUUCACACUCCCACUCAGAUGGAUAUUUUGGAGCGUACCAUGUCUUGGUCGACAUCUGAAUCGUUAUAUGAUAGUGUAGUAGGAGGUUCAGCUUCAUCAGUCAUUGAAGGAUUACAUUCUCAACAUAAACAGAGGGAAGGAGAGAUUGUACAGCUACAGGCAGAGAUAUCUCAACUGGAGCGAACAAGAGCUGCUAUGGCUGAAGAGAUUGUGAAAUUAAGCAACCUGAAUGAGACCUUAGAUGAACAAGCCAUGCUGCUACCAGAGUACAAGAGGAAAUUAGUGGAGACAGAAACACGCUACAACGCUGUUUUACAGAUGUAUGGAGAGAAAGCUGAAGAGGUUCAGGAAUUGAAGCUAGAUCUACAGGAUGUGAAAGAGAUGUACAGACAGCAGAUUGAAGAUCUGAUUAAUUCAUGAUGUACUGCUUCAUUGGUAACCAUGGAAACACAACAACAAAGACACUAACAUUUGAUAAACAACCAUCAAUUAUAUGAAUCCAGACCUCUACCAUCAAGCAGCUUCGAUGAACUAUAAAACUUCUAUGAAAUUUUUGUCCCAUGUUUGUGGAUUCACCUGCUGAAGUUUAUAUCAUAGAUUCAAAUGAUACAUUUUACAAAGCAACAUUGGCCCUAAAAAUUGCAGUAGUUGAUUUUAUCAAUUUUUAUGAAGUAAGUUUUAAGUUAAUGAAUUUUGUAAAAUGUUUGGGGCUAGUUUGAUUGUGUCUGGGCACAUGUUAACUACUUAAGUAACUAAAUUGUUGCUUGAGUCCGUCUUGAUUGUAAAUAGUGGAGAAACAUUAGCAAUGAGCAGUCAAAGAAACUUAAAGUGUCUACCUUUUGCUUGGAAUAAAUAAUGGAUAUAUUUUCAAAGAUUUUGUAUUUACUUAAACAUUGUGUAAAUCUCUUAUGGUAAACCAAUUUGAUUAGGGAAAAGGGUUUUGCACCUGUUUCAGACAGGCGCUCUAGAGUCACGCCGAACUAAUUAGAUGAGGAGCAACUCUAGGUCAACCCAAAUAUCCAUUUUGGGUUUCAGACAGGCUAA